AGCAAAGAUUUGAUUUUGAGUGAGAGGGAGGGAGAGAGAGAGAGAGAGAGAGAGGAAACAACAAGGAGACACCAAUGACACAGACAGAUAGACAUUUCAUUUAUAUGUUUUUGCAUUUCAUCGUAUAAAACCAAAAUACCUCAAUACCCAAACAGGCCUUGUUUUCAGCCUCUGCUUCAACCAAAUUAAACCCAAACUGAACCUCCUCUGUGUUUCGCUAUGGCUAGAAACGGCAUCGUUUCUCGGCAUUGGAGGUCGGAUAAGCUCGACGCGUUCAAUCUCUCACCUUCUUCCGAUGAUCAAGAAGUACAUGUUUUAGCUGUCGAUGAUAGUCUCAUUGAUCGUAAAGUCAUUGAACGUUUACUCAAAAUUUCCAGCUGCAAAGUGACUGCAGUGGAUAGUGGAAGAAGAGCUCUGCAAUUUCUGGGAUUAGAUGAAGAGAAAACCUCCUCUGUUGGUCUCGAUAGCUUGAAGGUGGAUCUGAUUAUAACAGACUACUGUAUGCCUGGAAUGACUGGUUACGAGUUGCUUAAGAAAAUUAAGGAAUCAUCGACUUUCCGAGAAAUACCAGUGGUAAUCAUGUCAUCGGAAAACGUCAUGACUCGAAUUGACCGGUGUUUAGAGGAAGGAGCAGAGGACUUUAUAGUGAAGCCGGUGAAAUUAUCAGACGUGAAAAGGCUAAGAGAUUACAUGACCGCAAGAGAGAUCAGAUUAAAAAACCAGCAAAUCGCUGUAGUGAACAACAAAAGGAAGUUAAGAGAGAGCUUUGAUCACUCCUCGUCGUCGCUGUCUAUCUCACCGUCUCCAUCUCCAUCUCCGUCACCGUCUCCAUCUCCGUCGCCAUCGUCUCUAUCGUCUCCAUCAUCUCCUUCGCCGUCGCCUUUACCACCGGUAUUGUCAUAUUCGGCGCCGUGUUCUCCUACUUGUCUAGAUUCUCCGACUAGACGAAUGAAAAUGAGCAGCAACUGUUCCGAUUAGUACUUUACCGCCAAACCCAACUGUUUUUAUUCCAUCUUACAAAUUUGUAAAACCUUUGAAAUGUGGGCAAUUCUCCGUUACUUUUAACGGUUUUUGUUGCGUU